UUUUAGGAGAAACAUGGUAUGCUUAAAAUGUGACCACAGAAGGCCAAAGGCAGCAAAUUCUUCCGAAAGUUCUGAAAACCAACUUGAAAAUGUAGGCUACCGGGAAAACAGUAGAGUGAGUUCUUUUCAUAGUGACCAUACCGAUGUCAACAUUCAAACGUCUUCAUGGCGACAUGGACAAAUCCAAAACAGUAGCGCAAACAUACGGAGAUCUGUGGAAGAAAGUGAAGAACAUAGUUAUCCAAACUCAAUGAAUGAGGCUUCUGAUUUUGUAGAUUUUCCCAUUGCCGGAGGGUUAAGUGAUUUAUCUCGGGAUGCAGAAAAGAGAGAGAAAUGGAAGUUGGAGAUGAUAGACCGGAGUAAAGGUGUCUUUAAGGCCAAAAGUGAUGCUCAACCCACAUCUAUCAGUACUCAAAGAAGGUUAGAGUUACCAAAAUAUGCUGAUGAUGAAGAAAUGGCCGAAUGGUUCGGACCUGGAAAGUGAGGAAGAAAAAGCCUUGUGUCUCAAGAUUGAUUGAGAUUUGCUUGAGGUAAAUCGAAAUCAAAACUUUCUGUUUGUGAUAACCUUCUGAAAAAGAUUCACCAAGAAAAAUCCAAUAGUAACAGAAAU